GCCGAGCCUGACCCGCCGCGACAGCGACCCCCCGUCGGCGUCGCCGUCGACCCCGCGGAAGCCGCGGGCUCCCAACCAAUGGAGCAGCCUCUCUCGCUGGACCGGAGCUCGGGGGCGCCCAGCCAGCAGCCGCCGGUUUGACCUGUGGAAAUACAGCGAGGAGAGGAGAGCUUCGGGUCAAAAAAUAAGAAGGGGAGCAGGGGGUGGAGUGGUGAACUUGGAGGGGAAGGAAGGAAGGAGGAGUCUGCGAUGGGCGGGUGGAGCUGGCUCUGCUGCGGCCGAUCCAACGCCGGAUGCGCCGCCGUCCAGCUCCCCGAGCCGUUCCACCUGCCGGCGCCCUUGCCCGAGUGGCCUCAAGGAGGGAGUUUCGCUAAGGGCACAAUAUGCAUAGGAGAGCUUGAUGUUGUGAAUAUUACCAAGUUCCGGAGUAUAUGGAGCUGCUCAGGAGCUUCAUUUUAUGAGCCAGAAGGAGUUCCUGAUGGUUUCCACUGUCUUGGGCACUAUGCCCAACAGAAUAACCGCCCCUUACAGGGAUUUCUUAUUGUGGCAAGGGAAGUGGCUAGUCACCAGCAGAUUAAUAGCAAGCCCGCCCUUGAGAAACCAUUAGAUUACUCCCUUGUUUGGACCAAUGCUAACUUAAAUGAAGAUGAGAACAGCGAUUGUGGUUGCUUCUGGUUGCCAUCUCCACCAAAUGGGUAUAAAGCCCUUGGCUAUGUGGUUACUAAAGGACCAAAGAAGCCCUCACUGGAGGCAGUUCGAUGUGUGCGAGAUGACCUAACAGACACAUGUGAACAUGUUCGUUCAAUUGUAAAUAUCGAAAAUGCAUGCCAAAUUUGGAAGACAAGGCCUUGCCACCGAGGGGUGAAAGGACAUGGUAUACCAGUUGGCACAUUCUCCUGUGAAACUGAUUCAACAGACAGUAAGAAAUCGAGAGUUCCCUGCUUGAAAAACUUCGACUCAAAUUUGAGAGCCAUGCCUAAUUUGGAGCAGAUCAAUGCUCUGAUCAAGCACUAUGGCCCAACUGUUUUCUUCCACCCACAAGAGACCUACUUACCAUCAUCAGUUUCUUGGUUCUUUGAGAAUGGAGCUACACUGCACAAGAAAGAUAUAAAAAUGGGAGAUGCCAUACUCCCUGGUGGCUCGAACCUGCCUGCUGGUGGAACAAAUGAUGGUGAGUAUUGGAUUGAUCUCCCUGAUGAUGAUAGGAAAGAACAUGUCAAAGUUGGCAAUCUGAAGAGUGCUGAGCUAUAUGCUCAUGUGAAGCCAGCUCAUGGAGGGACCUUCACUGACAUUGCAAUGUGGGUAUUCUGCCCAUUCAACGGGCCCGCAACGAUCAAGGUUGGGUUUGCAAGCUUCGCUCUACAGAAAGUUGGUAGGCAUAUUGGAGACUGGGAGCAUUACACCCUCCGAGUGAGUAACUUCUCAGGUGAGCUGUCAUCUAUCUACUUCUCGCAGCACAGCGGGGGUGAAUGGGUAGAUGCUUGCGAUUUGGAAUUCAUCUCAAGCAACAAAGCAAUUGUGUACUCGUCCAGGAAUGGACAUGCAAGCUACCCCCACCCAGGCUGUUAUCUGAUGGGGUCUGAGAAGCUUGGUGUCGGAGUAAGAAACGAUGUGGCUCGAAGUAAUUUUUCAGUUGAUUCAAGCAUGCACUAUAAAAUCAUCUCUGCAGGACAUCUGGGAGGUGUUGUUGUGGAACCAUGCUGGCUGCAGUACAUGAGGGAGUGGGGCCCGACCAUAACAUACAACUCACGUUCUGAGAUAGACACGGUGCUUAGCUUCUUGCCGUUCUUUCUCCGGUUCACAGCGGAAGCAAUAUUCAACAGCCUUCCGGGAGAAUUGUACGAGGAGGAAGGUCCUACAGGACCCAAGGAGAAGAACAACUGGGAAGGGGAUGAGAGAUCCUAGGCUUCAUCGCCUUCAUUAUUUAUCCCAGCUACUUUUAUCUGUACCAUAAAGCUGUAUUUGAUGAAAGAUUGCUAUGCUAUGCUAUGCCAUGAUAGAACAUUUUAGUUUGAGAUAUUUUAGAUAAAUGCUGGUGAAAGCUUGAACAUUCGGUGCACUUGUCAGCUUUAGAGACAUUGCACUGUUUGCUUAGCUCGAUGCUGUGGUGACUGCCUACUUGUGCUGCGUGACUGCAAAAUUGCACCUUGUAUUGUACCAAUCAUACUUCUAUUUGGCUAGAGCUACAAAUGUAUGUUCAAAAAUCAAAAUCAAUGAUCUUGUGAGUU